GCGCUCGGAGGCAUUCCAUGUUGCGCAUUGCUUUGCAUCGCAUUUAUCUACCUACCUACAUGCAUGCAUGCAAAAAAAAGAAAGAAAGAACGAAAGAACGAAAAUGAAGCAUCGCACACACUCCUGAGUCGGAGUGGAGAGGAGGACAGGAGAGGAGGAUAGAAGGCUAUGCGUGCACGAGGAGAGGGGCUUCUCCAACCAACCAACACGGAGUCACGAGGAUUUAGACUGGAAAAAAAGAAUUAAAUUUUCUUUUUUUUAUUUUAAAUGUUUUUAAUUAAAUAAAAAUGAGCGCGUGGUGUUGAGUGAACGAUGCGGCUGAAGUGGUGGCGGUGGUGGUAAUGGUGGUGAUGAUGAUGGUGAUGAUGAUGAUGAAGAUGAUGAUGAUGAAUCAGUCUCCAGCCCCGAGCUUCACCAUCCGCUCCAUCCUGGGCACCGCGGUGGCGGAGAGCGCGAGGCAGGACGGCGGAAGCGGAAGCGGAGGUACGGGUGGUGCAGGUGGAUCGCGUGCGGCGGCGGUGUCGGUGUCGCAGAGGCGGCGCGCGCUCUCAGUGUCCUCGGACUGCUGCAGCGCUGAAGAGGAAGAGUGUUUCUGCUCCAAACUCCAACACACACUCUGCUCCAAAACGCGCCCAAAUGCCCCAGUAAACAAACCCUCAUCAGAUGGGAACGAGCGCACGCUGCAGAACUGCCCCAAGAGUAAUAAAGAUGACCACAGAUCCCCGAGUCCAUGCAGUGAGAAGCGCACUGACAGCAGUGGUGAGGAGAAAUCCAGCAGCGGAGACAUGACGAAGAAGAAGACGCGCACGGUGUUCUCGCGCAGCCAGGUGUUCCAGCUGGAGUCAGCGUUCGAUGCUAAGCGCUACCUGAGCAGCGCAGAGAGGGCGUGUCUGGCCUCCAGCCUGCACCUGAGCGAGACGCAGGUCAAGACCUGGUUUCAGAACCGGAGGAACAAGUGGAAACGGCAGCUGGCGGCCGAGCUGGAGGCCGCGCACAUGGCUCACGCGGCUCCCUCGGCGGCUCGGACUCUGGUCGGGAUGCCGCUGGCCGGAUUUGGCGUUCCCAUGCCAAGAUCUGCUGCUUUUCCGAUGUAUUAUCCCGGAAGUAAUGUUCCGGCAUUUCCUCUGUACAGUCUUUACAGUAACAUUGACUGCUGAAGUGGACGUGCUGAUGGAUGAAGAGGGUGUGUCUGCAGACAGAAACCAGUGGGCGUGUCCACGAGAGGGAUCGAUGGAUCGAUCUUUGAUUAGGACAAAUGGGUGUGUCUUUGAGUGGGUUUGGGUUUAAGUCGGAUAUGUUAAAUGGGAGUCAAAUGGGAGUGUCUGUGUGGGACAGAUGGUAGUGUCUUAGAAUGGGGGUGUGUCUUUAUGCCCAUGUAUGAACUCAUAGAAACACCCUCUCAAAACACAUUCUCUCAGGUCAGGAGAUCAGCUCAUGUUAGCAAGUUAGCAAACAAAAUAGCUAUAUAUAUGCCUGGUAGUGAUUACUGUAAUAUAUUUACCUAAAGACACACCCACACUCUCACCUACAGUCUUAAAGACUGCCCGCUUAAAGCUGCCCUCAAUUCCAUAUAUGGGCUCAAAGACAAUCCUACAUUCCCAGUUAUGCUCUUAAAGACCCACCCACUAAAUUUUACCUUCAUUUUCAUUGUUAUUCUGAAAGACACACCCACAUUCACACCUACAGUCUUAAAGACUGCCCACUCAGAGCUGCUCCCAAUUGCAUACGUGGCCUCAAAGAAAAUCCUACAUUCCCACUUAUGGUCUUAAAGACCCGCCCACUCCGAGCUAGGUGCAAGGUGUAAAGACACACCUACAUUCUUUUCUACAGUCUAAAAAAGACACGCCCACUACAUGGACUCAGUGACACACCUUUUCUGCAGACAGACCUUAUGAGCCAUGGUUGCCAGGCAACCAUGAUAAAUCUUAUUAAAAAAAAGACUAUCAGCUGUACUUAUAAAAAAUUAUCGCAUCUUUAACUAUGUUCUUAAUAAUGGCUCUUUUCUGUCUCUGUAUUCAAUUCCUAAAAAGUUUAUAAAGAGACAUCUCACGCUCCACCACCGCUCCACGGGACGAUCUGUUUCCAUGGAAACGAACAGCAUCAGUCCGACGAGAUGAGGGUGAUGUGACUGAUAUUGUAAAAAUGAAGCCAAAGGAAAAUGUUCAUACUCUAGCCCUGCCCCUAAAGCUAAGCUUUACCUUUGUAAAUAGCGAAUAGUUGUUUAGUUGUGUUCCUUUUAUCAGACUCAUUAUAAUAACAAUUAAAAAUAAUUCCUGCAGUAGUUUAGCCAGGAUGGAGUCAGGAAAAUAUACACACAAACUGUCUGGGUUUAAGAGCAGAGUUUCUACACAGGUCAAGCUAGCAUAUCUACAGACAGCUAGACUGCUUUAGCUUAGCUAAUGUUAGCCUAGUUAGAACUCAAAAGUUCAAGUAAAUGAUGCCUCUUUAAGCUUAUAUACUCACAGAAAAAUGGUGGAAAUGAAUCUGAGCGUGACGUCAGCACCGCAUUCUCUCUCUCCAGGACGAAAAGGAUGAACUGUAUAAAGCAAAAUAGCUUCUGUAUUACUAGCAUCAAUACAUUUCACCUCCUUUUAUGCAUUUUUUUGUUCUCUGCUCAAACCUCAGCUGUGUCUCCGAUCACACUCGUAGUGCUGUAAAGACUUCUCUUUCUGUUUUUAUGUGCUUUUUUAUUCUUCACUGCUUUAAAGUGUUUCUACUGACCAGAUUAGCCCUUACUACGUUAGCACUUCCAGAUUCUGUGUGAUUUGAGACACAGCUCAUCACUCUUCGAUCUAUUUUAUUUUUAAAACAUGCCACUUCCUUAUAUUAUUAUUAUUAUUAUUAUUAUUAUUAUUAUUAUUAUCAUCAUCAUCAUUACUUAUUAUAUAUAGCAAGGAAAACAUAGCUUUAAAUGCUUCU